UUAUUAGGUAUACAAUGCCGAUCGACCGAAAUUUUGGGUUCGCCUCAACCGGGGCCAGUUACAAACCCGAGCAUCGUGGAGCUCCAGAGCACCCACGAUAGUCGACCAUACCGUAGUAACGAUAUUGUUGACGAUGAGUGCAUCAUCAACCACAACAGAAACGUAACAUCCGUGAAACCGACAAAUAACCAGAUUCAUCUUAUGGACGAGUUGGAUCUGCUACGGACCGAAAACUUUCAGCUCCGGUUACGCAUCUACAACGCCGAGCAGCGGAUGGACAGGCUGUCAUCAGCCACACAUGGGGGGGAUCAAAAGAAGCGCAGUGUUGUUAUGGAUACUGACAGCGACGAUAGUGACGCUAGUAGCAGCCAUGCCGGGAGCGUUAUCAACCAGAAGGCUAAAAUGGCCAAAACAGCCGAAUCGGCCAUAAACUCCAUUCACGACUUGAUGGCGCUUAACCAGCGAUUGCUUGCAUUAAUGGCGGCUACUGUGUCGGCCACAUCGGUGUCUGUCUCUGCCGAAAACAAACGACUUUGGCAGCAACUGCGAAGUCACAUCGAAGAAUACGCCAUACACAGCCCGAAUGUAGAGAAAAAAAACCAAGACGACGAAGACGACGAAGAUGACGACGACGACGAUAAAUUUUAUGACGCAUCUGCCACGGACUUCGACUCCACCGGGAAGUUGUGCAAAGCGUGGUUAGUGACUGCAGAUCAUUCAGUGACGAUACCUCCACCGCCACAACCAUCCAGACCGCUGGAAAGCCUGGGCAUAGAUGACGAGGGUAUCGGGUCAGAGGUAACCCGUCUGCAGGGACAGUGCAGACCAAUCCGUUCAGUGCAUCAGCUGAUGAAAACGGAACUGUGGGCCAGGAACCGAAUGCUUUUUGGCAGAGUCGAGCAGCAACGGAUCAUGAAGCAGGUGUCCUACGCGGGUGUGCACAUAGACUGGAGACCGACUAAGAAGGCAACUCAACCGCAGCAACAUCAUUUGCAGCAGUUUCACACGAAAACCACUGCUCCGACUGCUUACACGGCGAAAAAAGUAAUCAUAUUGAUACGACCGGACGCGAAGGCACCCUGCACCGCAAAAGCACCGGGAGCUGCCUGCACAGAAUCACACACCGCAGCUGUGUCGACACCGUUGACGCAUCCGUUAGUGUUGCCGGACUACUCGGAUGAGGACUUUUUCAUUAGUUGUGACGAAGAAGAAGAUGACGACGACGACUAAGAAGAAGAAUUCGAGGAGACCAAUUGUACUUCGUCGUCGGACGAAGAUACCGCAGAUCGGAACGACUGUGACGAAGAGCCAGUGGUGUCAGUUUCGAUCAGCUCGCCGGUUGCGUCGUCAACGAAUACGUGGAGGCAUUGUCGAACGCAUCGGCCAAUCAAGAGCGUCAGCGAUUCUGCUGCCAUCACUAUGAAGACGUUUUCAUCGACAGUGUCUGAGGCCGCGGAAAUUGAUUCGAACGAAUUGAAGGGUGGUGGCGUAAUUACGACGGAGACGAUCGCUACAUCACCCAGCAGCACCGUAAGGGUCGCCGACGAUUUAAAUAAAUGGCGGCAGUGCAUGCUACCUCGCCGUUGUUCCAGUAGUGUGGUGGAUGCGGCCAAUCGUCCGAGGCCGUCAUCCGUGGUUGAUGUGCAAGUGCAGUGCGACGACGGAAAAGUAGUGGCCGAUCACAUAAUAUCUAGUAGUAAUCCUGGUAUCGACGGUCAACUGCAGCUGCAACAGUUGCAUCGCGACGUUGAUAACAGUCGAUUGAACGACAUGUUACUAAGAUUUCAAGAGGGAACGCGACCGAGUGACAGUGUCCCUGGAAUUCCACCGUCCUCGGUCCACGAAGAAACAGUCCUGUCAGCCGAAGACGUCGACGUUGUAGGAGGUGAUGGAGACCAUCAGCGAUGCCUGCCGGGCGGUGUGGAACAACAGCUACAACUGCAGCUCACAGGUAUCCGAAAACGCAUUUUGGGAGACGAACACCGAGUACUUGACUUCAACCUUGAAGACCGCGAGGACCCCUUUAACGACGCCGUCCGUCACAUGGAUCAUGAGGAUUUGAUAAAUGUGGCUCUUCCGCAGGUCGUAGAACGGCUUCACCGGGCGCUUAUGUUGUUACAGCAUCGGCCAGAAAAUGUUGCCGCAAAAUGAUAUUUUUAUUUAUUUUUGUUUUUUGACAUCAUUCUUUAUUAUCAUUAUGAUUUAUUGUUUAC